UGCUUUCUCCUCCGGCCCUUCUUCUUCUUUUGAUCUAUAAUUUUUUUCAUUUGAAUUUUGGGUUUCUCUUUUGGCUCAAUGGAUCAUGUUGUUAUCCCGGUUGUUUCGGCAAUUUUAAGCUUCUUUUUUAUAUCUUCACUCUUAAUUUGCAUCAUCCUAAUUUGCAGUUCAACCAAAAAACCCAGCCGCCCUCAAACCCGCUCCUUAUACCCAACCCCACCCACCACCCCUAACCCCGCCGCCCUCACCGCAUGCGACAGCGCCGCCUUCGACCCCUCCCUCACCCAUCUCGACAUGGAGGAACUCGCCGCCGCCACCAAAAACUUCUCCUCCGAUCUCAUCAUCGGCGAGGGCAGCUUCGGCUACGUCUACAAAGCUACCCUCUCCAACGGAGUCACCGUAGCGAUUAAAAAGCUCAACCCCGAUGCCUUUCAGGGCCUUCGAGAGUUCCGGGCUGAGAUGGAAACACUAGGUAAGCUUCGUCACGACAACAUCGUUAAGAUCCUCGGGUUUUGCUCGUCGGGUAUCGAUCGGGUUUUGAUUUAUGAGUUCAUCGAGAGAGGGAGUCUCGACCAAUUGAUGUACGACGAAGGUCAAGAAAACUGCGCCGACGGGUUACUUCACUGGCAUACGAGGAAGAAGAUAGUUCGUGGGAUAGCUAAUGGGCUGGCUUAUUUGCACGGACUCGAUACGCCCAUCAUCCAUAGAGAUAUUAAGGCCAGCAAUGUCUUGUUAGAUCAAAAUUUCAAUGCCCAUAUUUCUGAUUUCGGUUUAGCUCGGCAAAUCCAAGAGUCCCGCUCACACGUUUCCACUCAGGUCGCCGGAACGAUGGGUUACAUGCCGCCCGAGUACCGUGAGGGGAACACGGCGGCGACUGUUCUAGCUGAUGUUUAUAGCUUCGGGAUAUUGAUGAUCGAGAUCGCCACCCAAAACCGGCCCAGUUGGCCGGUGAAGUUGGAAGGGAAAGCAAUGGGACUAGUGGAGUGGGCUCGGCAAAUGGUGGGUCUAAACCGAGAAAUAGAAAUGGUAUAUGAAAAGAUCCACAGGGAUGGGUUAAUUGAAGCGGAAGUUAAGGAGUAUUUUCGAAUCGCUUGUAUGUGUAGUAGCGAGGGGUCUAAAGAAAGGCCCGCCAUGAAAGAGGUUGUUGAGCUUUUGAAUCAAAUUCCCACAUGAUGAUAGAUGGAUGGUAAUUCUUCUUCUUCUUCUUCUUUUAUAAGAUUGUUGUACUAAAUGACCAUAUCUUGAAUGGGGGUAAGAUCAUUUGAAUUAUGUAAAUAUCUUAUCAUCAUUUACACAAAUGAUGAGUGGAGAUUUUUGAAUAAACAAGUGCCCCUCUCUUUUAUUUGA